CGUUCAACCUGCGGACGUGUUUUCGUUACGGGCUCCGAGAAGCGUUCAAUCAUCGGACGGGGCCACCAGCUAGUGGUUAAUGUAAUGUACUGUGGUUGUGUGGUAGCAGCUCAACAACAGUGGUAGCAGGGCGUUGGCAAUACAACCAAGUGUUUCAGGUGACCGACAUUUGCUGCGGAAUCGUUUGCCCAGAAAAAGAAGACCAGAACCCUUUCGCUGGCCCUUAUAGGUACAUAUGACGGGCACCGCUGGUUGGCGAAAUGUAGCGGAAUCUUAUCAGGAAGUUGAGUUAGAUAGCUAAACUUACUGAUAAGCUGUGUGGUACAAGGUGGAAUAGCGAAAAAAUCGAUAAAAUACAGGUGAAUGAAUAAUCAGUGUCCGAGCCGUCGUCGGUGGUGCUAACAUGUUAUAUUUUACCACGGUCCUGCGGAAAUUGUGCAACCAUGGUCUGAGAAAAAUAGUUUAGAAAAUAAAAGUUCAUUGUUCUGCACGGUGUGUUGGUUUUGAAGUUUACGCAUGGAAUGCUUUGGAAGAAAAGUGAAUGGAAGGCUUAAUCAGAGUCCGUUAUAUCCCACGAUGAAUAAUGCAUUAUUAAAAAGCAGCAGCAUCAAGCCAUACCUAGGUUGUGAAGGUUUUUUAAAAAUGAAGCCGAAAGCUGAGAUGAUUCAAAUGAUUGCCAUCGAAAAACGAGUUCAGUCAUAACCAUAGAUUACUCAUCGAUCGCCAUCGCCAUCGUAGACGACCAGGAAUUUUGUGAAUGAGUAACAUUUGCCUAGAAAUCAACCUCAAUUAACCCGCACACAUACACAGCACCCUAGUCGAAUGGUGCACGACGAUACGCGAUAACAGUGACAGUGGAAUCCAAAGUGGUGUUGAAUACGUGAAGCGAUACCUGGUGACUAAUAAGAGCCAACGCGCUUUGUUAUCGUCGCUUGUAUUAAAUAUAUCAGUGUUCUAGAGCGCUAUCAACGUCAUAAAAUACGAGCUCAGUGUUUCUAGUGUUCCGAAAUAUAAGUAGUGAUACCACCUUGAAAAUUUUAUAAGAAUAGUAGUGUACUGAACAAAACAACAUCAACGUGAGAAAAUAACAACUACUAAUUUGUCAACUCUCCCCUCCUAUUGGAUCGUGUACCUAACCACGCAAAGUGGGCUAAGUGCGGGUGAAUCAUACUACAAUUACCAACCGACCACACCGGCAAUAACAGCUCAGAGUCACAACACCAGUCUUGUGAAUGCCAUCGUACCGACAAAUGUGUUGCACUUCUGCAACUCGUUUCGCGCAUUCAGAAUAUGGCUUUAAAGUCCACCACGGCAGCAAAGCGUUACCAACAACAACACAGGCAUUCGGUUAAGACUUUCAGCAUCGACAACAACCGCAGCAGCAACGAUGGUAGUAGUUGUAGUGAUCGCAAAAAGUGUGUUCACCUGAGUUCCAGCAUCAGUGUAUCAUCGGUUCGCGCAUGGACGGCAUUCGUGCUUUUGCUGAGUGCCGCGAUUUGUGCGGUUAACGGACAGUACCACACGACACGCGAUCCACGAUGGUAUUCUCGCGAAGGAGACUACAGCUACCAUCUGCCCAACCCGGGAGAUCCCGACUAUAGGACCUACACGUACAACAACCGACGAUACGGGUACUAUCAACCGAAUGGAUAUGGUCAGCAGUAUCCAGGUCAAAAUCUGCCGGGCCAGUACCCUCAAAAUACCGGCCUUGGGGACGACCGAUUCAAGUAUGACCCGGCCAAUCCAAACAACGUCCAGACACCGUUCCCGGGUGUGCUCGGCGGCUGGCGAGAAGAUCUACAGGGCAAGCUACGACGUGACUCAAUUCAGCUGGAUCGAGACGUAUUCGUAACCACCAACUAUGGACAGGUGCAGGGCUUCAAGGUCUACCUGUACGACAACCCAGAUCCGAAAUCGUUCUACCGCCCAUGGCACAGUCCGGUUGACCGCAUUAUGGGAACUUGUUCAACGUUCCUGGGAAUCCCUUACGCUCUACCUCCGACCUUUGAGGGAAGAUUCAAACCUCCGCGGCAACACCGAGGCUGGCAACUGCUACAGGCGGUGGACUAUGGACCUGCCUGUCCACAGCCAGUUCAGUAUACCGGAGCAACCAAAGGAAUUCGCGACAUGGAUGAAGACUGCCUGUACCUAAAUGUGUUCUCGCCGAAUACCCAAUCCGGCGUUGCUCAACGAUAUCCUGUGAUGGUUUACAUCCAUGGUGGCGAAUUCGUCCGGGGUGCAUCGAAUGUAUUCCCGGGCCAAAUGUUAGCCGCGUUCUAUGAAGUAGUAGUCGUAACCUUCAACUACCGGCUGGGUGCGCUCGGUUUCCUUUCCACAGGAGACGAAAACUCGCCCGGAAACUACGGUAUCUUGGACCAGAUCAUGGCCGUUCGUUGGGUGAACGACAAUAUCGAAGCAUUCAAUGGAGAUCGUAACUCUAUAACACUGUUCGGGCCCGGAGCGGGAGCAGCUUCGGCAGGUUUGUUGAUGGUUGCACCCCAAACCAAGGACAUCAUCCGGCGGGUCAUUGCGCAAUCCGGAGCGGCUUUUGCAGAUUGGGCACUGAUUGUGGAUAAAUACAGGGCGCAGAAUACCAGCCGAGUGUUCGGACAGAUGGUUGGAUGUCCCAUAGAGACAUCAUGGAAAUUGGUGAACUGCAUGCGGCAAGGUAGGAGUUUCUUUGAACUUGGAAACGCAGAAUUCUCUCCGGACGUUGGACUAUUCCCUUGGGGACCCGUGCUGGAUACAAACUUCACAUUUCCCGGUGACGAAUGGUACGAAGGAUGGAGGGAGCGAGACUGGCACUUCCUGGCUGAAACUCCGGAGGAGCUCAUCAGGAAAGGACAUUACAAUCGUGGUAUACACUACAUGAGUGGAGUAACGUUGCAGGAAGCAGCUUUCGUAAUAUCGCAAAACGAGUCGCUGGCUCCGUACUUCGAAGUAGACCAGAAAUUCUUCGAACAAAAAGUUUGGGAACUGGUCUAUCGAUAUAACUAUACACUCAACUUAAAUGGCACGUACGAAGCCAUAAGGUACAUGUAUACCCAUUGGCCAGAUCCUAAGAAUACAACGUUUAUCAGAGAGCAGUACAUCAAUCUUCUCUCGGAUUUUCUCUACCGUGCUCCCGCAGAUAAGAUGACUAAACUUCUGGUGGAACGUCGUGUUCCGGUGUACAGUUACGUAAUGAACACCACCAUCGAAGGACUGAAACUUCCUGAAUGGAGAAAAGUACCCCAUGACAUCGAACAUUUCCUGUUGACGGGAGCGCCCUUUAUGGACGUAGAGUUCUUUCCUCGAAAAGCCCGUCUGGACCGAUUGAUGUGGACCGACAAUGAUCGCAACAUGAGCCACUUCUUCAUGAAAACAUUCUCCGACUUUGCCCGUUACGGUAACCCAACGCCCCAGCAAGUGCUUGGGCUGUUCUUUGAGCCUGCCCGAAAUGGUGAGCUGAAGUACCUGAAUCUGAACACCACGUACAACUCUACCAUCCUGAUGAACUUCCGGCAAACCGAAAGUGCCUUUUGGACUCAGUACCUCCCAACAGUCGUUGGAGUGUUGGUGCCAACGUAUCCGCCAACUACGGAAUUCUGGUGGGAACCGAAGGAACCGCUGCAGAUCGCCUUCUGGAGCAUGUCCGCUGCGUGUCUGCUUCUGAUCGUUCUGGUAGUAAUAUGCUGUAUAUUGUGGCGAAACGCUAAGAGGCAAUCAGACCGUUUCUACGACGAUGGUGUCUUCGUAGUGGACAAUCCAGAAUCUGAACGAGACGUAGGUAUCGACAAUAAUGUAGUGCAAGCUCAACCACUCCGCACAAGAGACAACAUCUACGAGUACCGAGAUUCUCCGAUAAAAUACGGAAAAUCAGUACCAACCGAUGCAACCUCGAUUCGGUCUCCCAGUUCACUGGGGAUGACUCAAACCACCGCCAAGUCCUUCUCCGGUAGCCAAAGCUCGCUGCGCAGUGCCAUCUCGAUGAAGGAAUCGGCCAACAUAAGCCCCAUUCCUAGGUCGGAGUCCAACUUUGACCGGAACAUCAAGUACGCGGAACGUGGAGUGGACACCGAAGUCAACAAAAACGGAAAAUACCCGCGGACGGAUUCGAGGAGUGCUCUCAGCGAUACCAAAUCCCGGGAAUUUUCCACCAGUUCACCUAUCGAACCCGUUCAAAGAUCUCAACAACCUACACCGCAACCCGCUAGCCGGGGAGCCAGCCGAGCCGGUUACGAUCGGAGCAACAAUGCAAGUCGAACGAAUUUAAUCGAAGGAAUUCCGCAGACCGAGGUUUAGAUUUAGAUCGAAAUAAUUAGCCCCUGGUUAGUUUAGUCCAAUUGUAACAGUUAACACAUUACAACAUGCCACGCGUCCCCAUCACAAAACAAAUCGACCUUGAUAAUCGCAACAUAUCAGGUUAGAUUAUAGGGAGUAGAAAAAAAUAACGUUUUUAACAUUAAGACAAUCGAAGCCGUACUAUAAGUUUACGAGAAAUCUACAAUAGAUUGACGGUACUUUAUUAGAAAAACGAAAGCACCAAGUGCCUUACAUUUAACUUUUAGGUAGUUUUAGAUUAAACACUGUAGCAAUUCACGCUGAAACUGGGUCACUGAAAAAUGGCAGAGCGAGUUUAAAAAAAACAAUAGGCAGGUCGAAUUAGAAAUGGGUCAUUUGGGUCAAUUGUCAACUGGAUAAUUGUUUAAAUGGGAAUCUUACUAAUGACUAUAAAGU